AUGGCUAGUGCACAAGUCAUCAAACAGCAUCUCAUCAUACUUUUGAUACAAUUAAAACAUUGUUUUAUUGCACUAAUCAAUCUCAUUCGUGGUGAUGCUCCACUGAAAGAUCUUAGUUCGGAAAUUGUUCUCAUUACUGGUGCUGCUAGUGGACUUGGAAAAGGUGUAGCUCAACGACUUGCUCAUCUUGGUUGUACACUUAUUCUAUGGGAUAUCGAUGAAGCCAAUAAUGCUCUUGUAGCAGAAGAGCUGAAUACAGCCACUAACUCAAAACGCAUUCAUGCUAUGAAAUGUGAUUUAACAAAGAAGGAAGAUAUUUAUGCAUGUGCCAAAAAGGUUCAAGAAACUGUUAGUCAUGUAACAAUGAUAAUCAAUAAUGCUGGCGUUGUUUCAGGCAAACCAUUAAUAAACUGUAGUGAUGCAUCGAUUCAACGUACAUUUGAUGUUAAUGUCAUCGCUCAUUUUUGGAUCCUCAAAGCAUUUUUACCAUCAAUGCUAGAUAAUAAUCAUGGUCAUGUUGUAACAAUAGCAAGUGGUGCUGGUUUAGGUGGUGUAUCGGGUUUGGUUGAUUACUGCUCAUCAAAAUUUGCUGCUGUUGGUUUACAUGAAGCUUUAACACAUGAAUUAUAUGGUUUAGGAAAACGUGGCAUUAAAACAACAGUUGUUUGUCCAAGUUUUAUUAACACUGGUAUGUUUGAAGGAGCUGCUUCUAAUGACUUAACACCACUGUUAGAUCAAGAAAAAGUUUGUGAUGCAAUUGUUAAAGGUAUUCGACAAAAUAAGUAUUUAGUACUUAUACCAAAAUCAUUGAUGAUUCCACUUAUCCUGCACAGAAUUAUACCAAUAGAAGCCGAACUUGAAAUACAUGAAAUGAUUGGUCUUCAUAAAUCAAUGGAUACAUUUGUUGGUCGUCAAAAUAAAUCAACGUAA